AUGAAUUCAGGAAGACCCAAGACCAUUGAGAACUUGCCUGCACUCUACACCAUUUUCCAAGGAGAGGUUGGUAUGGUGACAGACUAUAGAGGUUUUAUCAAAAUCCCAUGCUGUCAGAAGCAAACUCUGGGUCAUCAAACUCACAUGUCAUCCUGUCGCAUGGAAAAGCCCUCUGAAAUAGAUGUCAGAGACAAAGUGUGGGUGAAGCUUAUUGGCCAAGCAAUGAAAAAUGAUAGGAUAAAAGUAUCCCUCUCCAUGAAAGUCAUCAACCAAGGGACUAGGAAAGACCUCAACCCCAACAAUGUUAUCACUGAGCAAGAAGAGAAGUGGAGGUGGUCCUUCCAGGAUUACACUGCACAGAUCACCCUUAAGGCUGUCCUGAACACUACCUGCAAGAAGUGUGGCUGUAAAGGCCACUUUGCAAAGGAUUAUUUUAUGCAACCAGGAGGCACCAAAUAUUCUCUGAUACCUUAUGAGGAAGAUGAGAAGGAAGAGGCAAAGUCAGCAGAGUUUGAGAAGCCCGACUCCAUGAGGAAUUCUUCUAGAAAAAGGAAGAAGAAAAAGAAACAUAGAGACAGGAAGUUAUCUGACCCUGACAGUUUAGACUGUGAGAAUGACACAGGCAAGAGGGCCAGAUAA